AAGCGGGCUUUGUUUUUUUCCCCCCACUGCCCACUUGUGUUACUUCCAUAUAGAAUCCAUAACACUGACUUACACAAUAUGGUUUUUACAUUCUGUGCCUGGUGCCCGUUUAGUGUCACUUUUAAUACGCCAGAAACUGAGAAUUGCUCUUAAAAUGUCGAGUAAAACUGGGUUGUGGGGGCGAUGUUGAAGCCUUGCUCUUUCUAGGUUUAGGUAACUUUAUAAAGUAAUUAAGAUUUCUGACCUUGACAGUUACUCAUUCCACGGCUACUCUCAAAGUGGAAAAUUUAGCCAGAGCUAUUAUUACUAAAAUCUGCCAUCCUUUUUUAUUCUUUCCACUGUCAAAUGAAUACUCCUGAUGUAUUCAAGGUUAGAUACAAAGAUGCACAGAAACUUCUGGACUAUUAAAUGUGUAGCUGCUGGGCAUUCCCAAAUUCUUUCACAGUCCAAUUUCAGCUGUGAUUUGUUACAAGGAAUUUAUUAAUAGAACCCAGUAUAUGCUGAAUCUUCUGAAUAUUUAUUUAUUUAUCUAUUUAUUUAUUUUGGAGCUGGGGACCGAACCCAGGGCCUUGCGCUUGCUAGGCAAGUGCUCUACCACUGAGCUAAAUCCCCAACCCCUGAAUAUUUAAUUUUUAAGAUGACAAUGCUAAGUUAGAUUUAGCAAAACCAAGGGGGCUUAUAUAUGAAUGUGUUGCCAAGCACAGCAAUAACAGUUGUAGUAAGGCUGCUUCUGGUAAUUUGUUGUGCAAAGGAGUAAACCAUAGGCCUUGAGCUGGUUGGGCAAUUGAACUACAUCCCCAGGCCAUUCUGCUAAAUUUUGACCCCUUUUUCCAUGUUUAAUAUCAGGAGGCAAAACAUUUUCCCUCUCUUGCCCAAUAAAGUCACACUACUGCUAGCCCUUAUCUGAGGGGAGGACAGAUAAUUAUUGUACACAGCCAAUUUCACCUAAUCUGUCAUUUUUAAAAAAUAUUUUUGCAUGUGUGUGUGUAACUAAUGGCAUGUAUGUAUGUAAAUCACAUGCAUGCUUGGUGCCCAGGAAGCAAGAAGAGGGUGUCAGAUCAGUCUCCUGGAACUGGAGGUUCUCAGCUAAGAGAGAAGCAUCCUCAAGAGGUGGUCACAGGGUUGAGAAUGAAAAGCACUGAUCUUGGAAUAGACAAGCUGUUAUAAUACAAACUCUGCCUCUAUCCACUGCUGAGAUGAGUUUUCACCUGUGUGUUUGGCUUUUUCGGAAUCUGUCGUCUCUCAGUGCGUGCUCCCAGAGACAUGUCUUCCUCUAUGGUCAGCAAUUUAGACAAAUAAACCUUGAUCCAAGGCUGUGGAAUUUUAGACAAAAUAAGACUCAUGUUCUCUAUCGGCUCUUAAAUAAAAGUUGGUCCAGGGGCUACUGUCAAGGCACAAGGAAGCUUUGGAAACAUAAAGCCCUACAGAAGUAUAUGGAAGGCCUGAAUGACGAGUACCAAAGCCUUGACCAGUGCUUGCAGGACAUCUCUGAGGACGAAGGAGACCGAAGGGCCUCACACAGAAGGCACGCUGAGUUGGCGCCACUCGUGGCUGUUUAUCAAGAAAUUCAGGAGGCUGAACAAGCCAUUGAAGAAUUAGAGUCAAUGUGUAAAAGUCUAAAUAAACAAGAUGAAAAGCAGCUGCAAGAACUUGUGUCAGAAGAAAGGCAAAUCAUUGAUCAGAAGAUCCACAGACUGUAUAGUGAGCUUUUGGAGCAUUUAGUGCCUAAGGAGAAGUGUGACCGGAGCAACGUUAUUCUAGAAGUGACAUCCGGAAGAACUACUGGAGGUGAUAUCUGCCAACAAUUUACCCGGGAAAUAUUUGAUAUGUACCAGAAUUACUCAUACUAUAAACACUGGAGAUUUGAGCUGCUAAAUUACACACCAGCAGAUUACGGUGGACUGCAUCAUGCAGCUGCCCGCAUUUCUGGUGACAGUGUCUAUAAGCAUUUGAAGUAUGAAGGUGGAAUUCAUCGAGUUCAGCGAAUCCCAGAGGUGGGCCUGUCAUCUCGGAUGCAGCGUAUUCACACGGGGACGAUGUCAGUUAUUGUCCUUCCACAGCCAGAUGAGGUAGAUGUGAAAGUAGAUCCCAGGGAUCUGCGCGUAGACACAUUUCGAGCCAGAGGAGCCGGUGGGCAGCAUGUCAACACAACAGACAGUGCUGUGAGGCUCGUCCAUAUCCCCACAGGACUGGUGGUAGAAUGCCAACAAGAACGAUCACAGUUGAAAAAUAAAGAAAUAGCUUUGCGUGUGUUGAGAGCUAGACUCUACCAACAGAUUAUCGAGAAAGACAAGUGUCAGCAGCAGAAUGCUAGGAAACUGCAGGUGGGAACAAGAGCCCAGUCGGAGAGAAUUCGGACAUAUAAUUUCACCCAGGAUAGAGUCACUGACCACAGGAUAGCGUAUGAAGUCCGUGACAUUAAGGAAUUUUUACGUGGUGAGAAGUGCCUGGAUCAGCUAAUUGAGAGACUGCUUCAAUCAGCAGAUGAAGAGGCCAUUGCUGAAUUUUUGGAUGAAAGCCUUCAAUCAGUGAAAUAAAUGUGGUUUAUUAUUGUUAUAUAAAUGAAGUGGACUUUAAUCAGGAAACAGACAGGUGUGGAAACUUAAUAAAUAUUCAUAAAGUUUGGAUGCGCCCACAGAGUUUUUAUAGAAAUCAUUUUAAUGAAAGAAACUCACAUUUCUUGACAUAGAGGUUUAUUUUAGGUUUCAGUAAGUAAUCCAACUCUCCAAGUAGAAAAUAAGCUUGUAACAUCAAAAAGAAAAAUAAAAUAUGAAAAAUUGAUGGUA